CCUUUCUCGAGGCUUCUCGUUCCCCCCCAGCCCCCACAGCGGGGCUUCAAGGGGCGCAGUGAGAAUGGGGAGCGGGGUGAGGGACGUGAGGGUGAGCUUCCUCGGCCUGCUUUCCGGGAGCCUGACCCAGCUCACUUCCUCUGUCCCUUGUCUCACCUUGGUUGUCGCCCUGAGGCUAAAGACGAGAGCCUGGGACACCCAGGCCCUUGAGCCCCCCCACCCUCACCGCCUUCUGGAGCCAGGGAGUGGUUGGUGAAAGAAGGAAACUAUGUGGAGAACAAACAGCGCCUUCCGGAGCCUGCUCUGCCCCUUCCCCACCCGGUUCAGCACCGCCAUGACGCCGGGCUUCUGGGCCCUUCUCUUCCUCCUGCUCCUGGUGCCCCUACGGCUUACAGCCUCCAGUGACACCUCACCCCCGACCAGCGGCCCCGCCUCGGGCUCGACCACCACCGGGAGACACCACGGUGCCUCAUCCCCAGCCUCCCGUGGCACCUCACCCCCCACCAGCGGCCCCGCCUCGGGCUCGACCACCCCCCGGGGACACCACGGUGGCUCAUCCCCAGCCUCCCGUGGCACCUCACCCCCGACCAGCGGCCCCGCCUCGGGCUCGACCACCCCCCGGGGACACCACGGUGCCUCAUCCCCAGCCUCCCGUGGCACCUCACCCCCGACCAGCGGCCCCGCCUCGGGCUCGACCACCCCCCGGGGACACCACGGUGGCUCAUCCCCAGCCUCCCGUGGCACCUCACCCCAGACCACCAGGACUAUUGCUGACACCACUCACCAUAGCAUAGAACCUCCCACCUCCUCCAAUGGUAGCACUUCUCCCCAGUUGUCUCUUAGGGUCUCCUUCUUCUUCCUGUCUUUUUCCAUUUUGAAUCUCCAGUUUAACUCUUCUCUGGAGGAUCCCAGCACGAAAUACUACCAAGAGCUGCAGAGAAACAUUUCUGAGUUGUUUUUGCAGAUUUAUGAACAGGAAGAUUUUCUGGGCCUCUUUAACAUCAAGUUCAGGCCAGGAUCUGUGGUGGUCGAAUCAACUCUGGUCUUCCGCAAGGGUGCCACCGACACCUGUGACGUGAAGACACAGUUUGAAGAGCACAGCGGGGAACUAGCCAGAUAUAACCUGUCCAUCUCAGGUGUUAGCGUACAAGCUGUGUCGUUCCCUUCCGCCGGCCAGUCCAGCUCUGGGGUACCUGGCUGGGGCAUUGCCCUGCUGGUUCUGGUCUGUGUUCUGGUUGCACUCGCCAUCCUCUACGUCAUUGCCCUGGCUGUGUGUCGGUGCUGCCAGAAGAACUGUGGGCAGCUGGACCUCUUUCCAACCCGGGACGCCUACCACCCUAUGAGCGAGUACCCCACCUACCAUACGCAUGGGCGCUAUGUGCCGCCAGGCGGCGGACGCAGCCCCUAUGAGGAGGUCUCGGCAGGCAACGGGGGCAGCGGCCUGUCUUAUGUGAACCUGAACCCAUCAGCCACUUCCGCCAACUUGUAGGAGCACGUUGCCCGCCGCCCUGAGCGUUGGGACGCCAGUGCCCCGUGCCUCCCCCAGGCUUCUCACUGCCAGAGUCCUCGCCUCUCAAAUCUGUUUGGGGCUGGUGAGCUGGGAGUUCGGGUGGGCUGCUCACAGGCCCCACCAGGUCUCCUAACCGAUGUCAGCCCUCCUGAAGCCCAUCCGAGCCCCUUGGGAACAGGCCUGGGACAGUGGCUCCCGGGAGGACCGGCCCAGAAGACCCCGAGAUGGAAGUGCAGACCAGACCGGGGCUGAAUAAAGCGGGGACCUCCUCUGUGCU